AUGUCCCUGGACAGAGCGACUAUUGCAACCACAUCCAGCACAAUCUACACUGGUAACACAGCUCAACAAUAUGCGACCUUCGCAGACACACCGUCAACCCACAGAAGCUACAAUACUAUGGCUUCCCCAAAAGAACCAGUCUCCCAGUUCGUCUCGAAAGCACAGAUAUACUCGUUAUCGAUUCCGAAGGCGUGGGAAAGCCCCCUCGCUGGUGCCGGUGCAGGUCUUGCCAGUGGCAUAGUCACCUGUCCCUUGGACGUGAUAAAGACCAAACUACAAGCACAAGGUGGCUUCUCGGGUUCAACAAGAAUAUCGAGUAACAGAGCUGCUCAACAAAUCUACCAUGGAAUCGUCGGUUCUGCUACAACAAUUGUAAAGGAGGAGGGUUUCAAAGGCUUGUAUAGAGGGCUUGGUCCCAUGCUUUUAGGCUACCUACCAACAUGGGCUGUUUAUUUGACCAUAUACGAGAAGAGUCGGCAGCCCUAUUAUGAGAUGUGCGAAAACUGGUGGUUGGCUCGAUGUUAUGCUUCUCUCACAGCCGGUGCAUGCUCUACCCUGCUAACCAAUCCGAUAUGGGUUAUCAAGACGAGGCUCAUGUCUCAGUCUAAUAGGAGCACGUCCGAAGGAAGAAGAAUUGGAUUUCACUACAAGAAUACUUGGGACGCAGCUCGGCAGAUGUACAAGGCAGAGGGAUUUAGGUCGUUCUACUCGGGCCUUACUCCAGCCAUGCUCGGACUUACACACGUGGCUGUCCAAUUUCCCCUCUACGAAUUCUUCAAAACGCAAUUCACCGGUUAUGGUAUUGGAGAGCAUCCGGCUGACGAGAAGGGUUCAACUUGGGUCGGCAUCACGGCAGCCACUUUUCUCAGUAAAACUUGUGCUAGCACAGCAACAUACCCGCAUGAAGUUUUGCGGACACGACUGCAGACACAACAGAGGCGGUACAAUAUGACCAACACAGACGGCAUGAAGAUGGCGAACAAGUACAACGGUUUUGUUCAGACAUGUAAGAUCAUGCUCAAAGAAGAGGGCUGGAGAGGAUUUUAUGCUGGACUUGGCACGAACCUGAUACGCGCCAUUCCAUCUGCAAUGACUACGAUGCUUACAUAUGAAUUCUUGCAGAGGACGAUACAUAAUUUGAAGGAUGGAGGAGAAGCGCAGCUCAACGACAAGCAAGCAUUUCCGAGAUGA